GCAAUCCCAGACUCCAUGAGGAAGCAAGAGGUGCACACGGGCAGGGAGGCUGGCCAGGGCCACGGUGCUGGCUCCCCAGCCGAGCAGGUGAAAGCCCUAGUGGACCUGCUGGCUGGGAAGGGCAGUCAGGGCUCCCAGAUCCUGCAGCCCCCUGACAGGACACCAGAGUCCCUGCUGAGGCCCCAUGGCAAUGAUUUGAGGAUACAGAGGCACCGAGAGGCCCUUCUGAACAGGAUGGGAGGCAGCCCUGAGCUGGGAAGCCCCUCCUCCAGGUUGACCAGCCUCCUGCUGGUGGAGGACCUGAUGGACCUGCAGCUGAGGGAACACGACUUCACGCAGGUGGAGGCCACACGUGGGGGCUGGUGCUCCAACAGGACCAUCGCCCUGGACAGGCUUUUCCUGCCUCUGUCGCGGGUGUCCGUCCCGCCCCGCAUCUCCAUCACCAUUGGGGUGGCUGGCGUGGGCAAGACCACCCUGGUGAGGAACUUUGUCUACCUCUGGGCCCGGGGGCAGAUGGGCAAGGACUUCUCGCUGGUGCUGCCUUUGACCUUCCGGGAUCUCAACACCCAUGAGAAGCUGUCUGCAGACAGACUUGUCCGCUCUGUCUUCCCACACGCGGGGGAGACUGGCCUGGCGUCAGCAGCCCUAACCAAAGUCCUCCUCGUCCUGGAUGGCCUGGAUGAGUGUAAGAUGCCCCUGGACUUCUCCAACACCGUGGCCUGCAGAGACCCCAAGAAGGAGAUCCAAGUGGACCAUCUGAUCACCAACAUCAUCCGGGGCAACCUCUUCCCAGGUGUUUCUGUCUGGGUCACCUCCCGCCCCAGCGCGGCUGGCCAGAUCCCGGGAGGCCUGGUGGACCGGAUGACCGAGAUCCGGGGCUUCAACGAGGAGGAGAUCAAGAUGUGUCUGGGGCAGAUGUUCCCUGAGGACCAGGUCCUCUCGGGUUGGGUCCUGAGCCAGAUGCAGGCUGACAGGCCCCUGUAUCUGAUGUGCGCCGUCCCAGCCUUCUGCCAGCUGGUGGGGUCGGUGCUGGGCCACCUGCACCGCAACAGGCCAGGGCUCCAGGAUGCAGAGCCGUGGCCUCCAAGGACCCUGUGUGAACUCUACUCAUGGUACUUCAGAAUGGCCCUCAGCAGGGAGGGGCAGGAGAAGGGCAAGGUGAGCCCCCGCAUUGAGCAGCUGGCCCACGGCUGCCGCAAGAUGGUGGGGACACUGGGCCGGCUGGCCUUCCACGGGCUGGUCAGGAAGAAGUACGUGUUCUAUGAGCCAGACCUCAAGGUGUUCGGCGUGGACCUUGCUCUGCUGCAGACCGCCCCAUGCAGCUGCUUCCUGCAGCGGGAGGAGACCCUCUCCUCAGCAGUCUACUACUUCACCCACCUGUCCCUGCAGGAGUUUGUGGCAGCUGCCUACUACUACAGCGCGUCCAAGAGGGCCAUCUUCGAUCUCUUCACCGAGGGUGGCAUGUCCUGGCCCCAGCUUGGCUUCCUCACGCACUUCAGGAGUGCGGCCCAGAGGGCCAUGCAGGCCGAGGAUGGGCGGCUCGAUGUCUUCCUGCGCUUCCUCUCAGGCCUCUUGUCUCCGAGGGUCAACGCGCUGCUGGCCGGCUCCCUGCUGACCCAGGGCGAGCACCAGGGCUACCGGGCCCAGGUGGCCGAGCUCCUGAAGGGCUGCCUGUGCCCCAACACGGUGGUCUGCGCCCGGGCCAUCAACGUCCUGCACUGCCUGCGCGAGCUGCAGCACACGGAGCUGGCCCACAGCGUGGAAGAGGCCAUGGCAAGCGGGGGCCUGGCCGGGCUGACCAGCCCCCAACACCGCGCUGCCCUGGCCUACCUCCUGCAGGUGUCCGAUGUCUGCACCCAGGAGGCCAACCUGCCCCUGUACCUCAGCCAGGGGGUCCUCCAGAGCCUGCUGCCCCAGCUACUCUACUGCCGGAGUCUGAGGCUGGACACCAACCAGUUCCAGGACCCCAUGAUGGAACUGCUGGGCAGUGUGCUGAGUGGGAAGGACUGUCGCAUUCAGAGGAUCAGCUUGGCUGAAAACCAGAUCAGUAACAAAGGGGCGAAAGCUCUGGCCAGAUCCCUCCUCGUUAACAGAAGUUUGACCACUCUGGACCUCCGCAGUAACUCCAUUGGACCUCAAGGGGCCAAGGCACUGGCAGAUGCUCUGAAGAUCAACCGCACUCUGGCCUCUCUGUGCCUCCAGAGCAACAGGAUCAGGGAUGACGGUGCCAGGUCCAUGGCUGAGGCCUUGGCUGCCAACCGGACCCUCUCCGUGCUGCACCUGCAGAAGAACAGCAUCGGGCCAGCGGGAACCCAGCAGAUGGCAGAUGCCCUGAAGCAGAACAGGAGUCUGAAGGAGCUCAUGUUCUCCAGUAACAGCAUUGGCGAUGGAGGUGCCAAGGCCCUGGCGGAGACCCUGAAGGUGAACCAGGGCCUGAAGAGCCUGGACCUGCAAAGCAAUUCCAUCAGUGAUCUGGGAGUGGCAGCGCUGAUGGAAGCCCUCUGCACCAACCAGAUGCUCCUCAGCCUCAACCUGCGAGAAAACUCCAUCAGCCCGGAGGGAGCCCAGGAUCUGGCUCGUGCUCUCCGCACCAACAGCACCCUGAAGAGCCUGGACCUGACAGCCAACCUGCUCCACGACCAGGGCGCCCAGGCCAUCGCAGUGGCAGUGAGAGAAAACUGUGCCCUCACAUCCCUUCACCUGCAGUGGAACUUUAUCCAGGCCGGCGCCGCCAAGGCCCUGGGACAAGCACUACAGCUCAACACGAGCCUCACCAGCCUUGAUUUACAGGAAAACGCCAUCGGGGACGAAGGUGCUUCUGCAGUGGCCAGUGCGCUAAAGGCGAACACAGCCCUCACUGCUCUCUAUCUCCAGGUGGCCUCCAUUGCUGCCCCUGGGGCCCAGGCACUCGGGGAGGCCCUGGCUGUGAACAGAACCUUGGAGAUUCUUGACUUAAGAGGAAAUGCCAUUGGGGUGGCCGGAGCCAAAGCCCUGGCGAAUGCUCUGAGGGUCAACUCAAGUCUCCGAAGACUCAAUCUCCAAGAGAAUUCCUUGGGAAUGGACGGGGCGAUAUGUGUUGCCACCGCACUGUCUGGAAACCAUGGGCUACGGCACAUCAAUCUCCAGGGAAAUCACAUUGGAGAAUCUGGUGCCAGGAUGAUCUCAGAGGCUAUCAAGACAAAUGCCUCCUCGUUCACUGUUGAAAUGUGA